ACGAAGAGCACGUGAGGCAUGACGGUUUAGAGAGAAUAGAGAAGCACGAGCUUUGAGCAAGCUAGUAGUAGUAGUGUUCGGAAUAAACCUGAAGCUAACGAACCAAUCAUAAACCCUAACCCAACCCCCGCCCUAUGGCCACCCUCGACCAAAUCCAAAACGGCGUUUCUUCCGACAAUCCCGCCGCCGCUGAACCUCCCUCCACCACCGCCGACGUCCCCCCGCCCGAUGCCGCCGCCGAGAAGCGGUGGCCGGGGUGGCCGGGCCACUGCGUGUUCCGCCUCAUCGUGCCGGUGCUCAAGGUCGGCAGCAUCAUCGGCCGCAAGGGGGAGCUCAUCAAGAAGACCUGCGAGGAAACGAAAGCUCGCAUUCGUGUCCUCGACGGCGCCGUCGGCACCUCCGAUCGAAUCGUACUCAUAUCAGGGAAGGAAGACCUGGAGGCACCUCUUUCUCCUGCAAUGGAUGCUGUAAUAAGGGUUUUUAAACGUGUCUCUGGGUUUUCUGAAAUUGAUGCCAAGAAUAAAGCAUCAGCGGUUGCAUUUUGUUCCGUCCGUUUAUUGGUGGCCUCAACGCAGGCUAUCAAUUUGAUUGGAAAGCAGGGUUCAUUAAUUAAAUCUAUACAGGAAAAUACUGGUGCUUCUGUUAGAGUACUGUCUGGAGAUGAGGUUCCCUUUUAUGCUGCUGCGGAUGAGAGGAUUGUGGAACUUCAGGGAGAAGCCAUGAAGGUCCUUAAGGCUUUGGAAGCAGUAGUUGGGCACCUGAGGAAGUUUUUGGUUGAUAAUAGUGUUCUUCCCUUAUUUGAGAAAACUUACAAUGCAACAAUCUCCCAAGAGCGCCAGGCAGAUACUACCUGGGUUGACAAACCAUCACUGCAUAGCGCUUCACAACCUAGCAUUGUAACUGAUAUUCCUCUUUCAACAAAAAGGGAUUCUCUCUUUGCAGACCGUGAAAGUCAGUUGGACUCAUUGCUCCCUCCUUCCACAAUGUCAAUGUAUGGGCAAGAUUCUUCACUUUCUGGUCUUCGUUCUUCGGCUCUCAGUCGACCCAGUGCCCCUCCUAUUGUUACAACGGUAAUACAAACUAUGCAAAUACCAUUGUCCUAUGCAGAGGACAUCAUUGGUAUACAAGGGACUAAUAUUGAAUACAUUCGUCGUACUAGCGGAGCCAUAUUGACUGUACAGGAGAGCCGGGUGCCUGAUGAAAUCAUUGUGGAAAUAAAAGGCACCUCAUCUCAGGUUCAAACGGCACAACAGUUGAUUCAGUCAACAGUGGCCGCUAUCGCGCUAGAGAGGCCCCUUGCUGCGACACGGACCUCUGUUGUGGUGCGGAGUGAAGUAGUGGCUGUCGCGGGAUGACUCUAUCGCGGGCUUUGUAGAAUUUUGGGUCCGCAACUUCAAAAUCAAUGGAAAUUCCAAUAAUGCCCUCCCUAUUAGUUUUGGUUUUACGAUUUAUUUUGUUUGGGUUAACCUUCUGAAUUCGAGCAGCAGAGACUUGAGAGAAACAAGUGAGAACCCUAGGAAAAGUGGAAAACUGCUCACCUUUCUGUUCCCUCUCCGGUGUGCGUCAAUCUCCGGCAUGCUUCGUGUCUUCUCUGGUGACUGUUUGUUUCUGUUUUUUUCCCAGUUUUCGUUUCUUCUCUUCUCAGAGAUGGCUUUCUUUUCUUUUUCAUUUUUUUCUUCUCUUGUUCUUUUUUCUUUUCCUUUCUUUUACUGCUUGCUGUCAGUUUGUUUAUUCCGUUCGGCUUCUACUGAUCAGCAAUAUUAUUUUUUCCUUUUUGGGUGUUUUUACUGUGCAUAGUGCCACUGCCAUGGCUUCUACUGAUCAACAAAAAAAAGAUACCGACACAGUUGGAUCUUCAACUGGAAUGUUCAAGCCUACGGGUGAUAGUGUUGAUGUUUUUUGGAAGUGGAACAGCUUGAAAGAUAAAAAUAACAGGAUGUGAUUUUUGUCAUAAAACAUCUAGCGGAGGAAUUACUAGAGCUAAAAGACAUCAACUCAAUAUUAUAGGAGAUGUUAAUUCUCUUAGAAAAGUACUAUGUUUGGUUUUAUGUACAAUGAGUUUUUAUUAUUAAUAAUGAUUAGUGCAUGAAUUGAGUUAUGUUUCUGUUUUUGAGUGCUUAUAUAUAUAUAUAUAUAUAUAUA